CACUUAACUUAAUUCAACAGUGGCUGAUCUCGCACGCAACCGUACUUUGAAAAGCAAUGCUAAAAGUUUCUCACAAAAAUGCAGUUUGCAAAGCUCUACUGGUACAAGUAAGAUACACACAUCGAACCCACUACAAUGUGUUAAAAUUGCAGCCGAAUUGCACCACAAGAGAUGUUCGAACAGCUUUCAUCACUCUGUCCAAAGAACUUCAUCCGGACGCAAAUGUUACCAACAAAGGAAAACAUGAUAAUAAAUCUUUUGUCGAGCUUUUGGAAGCUUACCAAGUUCUUAGUAAACCUGAAUCUAGAGCUGCGUAUGAUUACGAGUUAGAACUUAUCAAGAAUCCUGGUAUGAAAGGAAACCAGAUAUUUCACAGACCAUGGGCUUCCAAUACUAAGCGUUAUACCGGCGAAGAAGAGCCAUACUAUGGAAUUAAAGGCAUUAAAAGAGUUAGCAAUUGGACGAUUGUAGUGUGUUGCGGUAUUUUCAUGCUGAUUGGAAUCGUUGUGCAGGUUGCGGCGAUCAGUAAAUCGUUCACAUUCAAACGAGAUCAGUUGGACGAAUUCUCAAGGCAGAAUGCAAUUAAGCAUGCUGAAAUACGCGAAGAAGCGGAAAAAAUGGGAAACAAAGCGCAAAUUGAGCGUAUGAAAGCAAAACUCAACAAAGAAACCAUAUGGUAG